GCGCGCACGAGCAACAGUCGCGCGGCGGAGGAUGCGCACAACAUGAGCAACAGCCAAUACAGCUCAUGCACAGCAGAACACGGUGAAUUCUGACUCUCUUCUGCUCAUUUCGUGUCGGGAAUGUGAUCUACAAACACUUUAUUUGUCCGGCCUUUCGUUUGAGGCCGGUUAGAUGCUUUUUGCGUCCUUUAUUCUGGAUCAAACCUCCGGUUCUUCGUCACGGUUCGGCGGAGACGCUUCACAUCACAGGUGACUGAUUCCUCUUUCCUCAUUUCUGCGUCCAUUCUGAGACACGAUAUUACUUCAGACUAAAGCAGAAAACUGGACUUCAGGAUUGCAGGAUUUUCUGAGCGUCACUAACAGUGACUCCUCCCACUGCAUAUCCCAGAUCAUCUAUUCUGGAUUAUUCUUCUGAGGAGGAGUUACUUUGGAGAGCAUGAUUACUUCCAGAGCUGGAAUACUAGAGACUAAUCUAGUUUAUGUGGGCAAACUGAAUUACAUCGGCGAAUCCCUAAUGUGAACAGAGCAGCGGCUAUUUCAUUUUGCUGCAGGACGUGCAUUGACUUCCACAGCAGCUCGUGUAGUUUCGGAAUGUUCACAGUGUCUUUUUAUUAAGAUCAUUCUCUUGGAAGAUUAUUUCCUGCUUAUAUUGUCACAAAUUCCGUUCUGCCUGCUGUUGGUGUGGAGUUGAAUCCAAUGGCUCGACCCGGCUCCGGGGUUCUGGUGUCGCUGGGAGGCGGAUACUCGUCUCAGAGCAUGGCGAGGGUGGUGGUUUGGGAAUGGAUGAAUGAACACGGCCGCUGGAGGCCAUACAGCGCCGCUGUUUGCCAUCACAUCGAAAACGUCCUGAAGGGAGACGCACGUGGGACCGUCAUACUGGGACAGGUGGAUCCGCAGCUCGCGCCGUACGUCAUAGACCUGCAGUCCAUGCAUCAGUUCAGACAAGACACAGGCACAAUGCGUCCCGUGCAGCGCAAUUUCUACGACCCGUCCUCGUCUCCGGGCAAGGGCAUCGUAUGGGAGUGGGAAAACGACUGUGGAUCCUGGACGCCAUAUGACAUGGAGUUGUGCGUCAGCAUCCAGAACGCCUACGAGAAGCAGCACCCCUGGCUGGACCUGAGCUCGCUGGGCUUCAGCUACCUGGUGGACUUCGACGGCAUGUCGCAAACCAACCGGCAGAGCCAGAGGAAGCGGCGCAUUCGCCGGCGGAUGGACCUUGCGUAUCCACUCAUCGCCGGAUCCAUCCCCAAAUCCCAGUCCUGGCCCGUGGGCACCAACUCGGGCACCCCGUGCACCUGCCAGCAGUGCAUGCUGGUCCACAGCACACGGGCCGCGUCCAACGCCAUCCUGGCCCUGCAGCAGAGGAGGAAACUGUACGGGACGGAGGGCGGAGCCAAUCAGACGGCCGCUGUCGUGAGGCAGAGCAACACCUUCGCUGGCUCCUCCCUCUGGUCGCCCACGACAACUGUUGCCAGGGGACACCAUAACAACAUAAAGGCCGUUGGAGGAGGAGCUGGGAAGAUGGAGAUGAACGGGGGGAAUUUCCCAUGCGCCCCUGCGCUGGUGACGCUUCCGACCAAUCACACGCUUACUAUUAACGGACAGAAUAAUCUGAACCGGCCGGGAACGCAGCGGAUCGCGGUGACGACGAGCCGAGGAUCCAUCCCUCCUGGGGUUCCUGCACUUCCUGUGAAGAACCUCACUGGAUCAGGGCCCGUCCAUCCUGCCUUAGCAGGUAUCACAGGUAUCCUCAUGUGCGCUGCCGGACUCCCCGUGUGUUUGACUCGAGCCCCUAAACCCAUCCUCCAUCCACCGCCGAUCAACAAGAGCGACCUGAAACCAGUGCCGGGAAUCAACAGCAUCCGACGCAAGACCAAGAAAAAACACCUUCGUAAAGGUAAAAACCCAGAGGAUGUAGUUCGACGGUACACAGAGAAAGUCAAAACGGCCCCAGAUGAGGACUGCACCAUCUGCAUGGAGAGACUGGCCACGGCGUCCGGAUACGAGGGAGUGCUGAGCUACAAGGGCAUCAAACCCGAGCUGGUCGGCAAACUGGGAAAGUGUGGUCACAUGUACCAUCUCCUGUGUCUGGUGGCCAUGUACAACAACGGCAAUAAGGACGGCAGUCUGCAGUGUCCCACCUGUAAGGCCAUCUAUGGGGAGAAAACCGGCACGCAGCCCCCUGGGAAGAUGGAGUACCACGUCAUUCCUCAUUCUCUGCCUGGACACUCCGACACCAAGACUAUCCGUAUCGUCUAUGACAUUCCCGCUGGAAUACAGACCACGGAGCAUCCCAACCCUGGGAAAAAGUACAGCGCGCGGGGAUUUCCUCGACACUGCUACUUACCGGACAACGAGAAAGGCCGGAAGGUGUUGAAGUUGCUAAUCAUGGCGUGGGACCGUCGUCUGAUCUUCACCAUCGGGACGUCCAGCACCACGGGAGAGUCGGACACGGUCGUGUGGAACGAGAUUCACCACAAGACCGAGUUCGGCUCCAACCUGACCGGCCACGGCUACCCCGACCCCAACUACCUGGACAACGUGAUGAGAGAACUGUCCGCUCAGGGCGUCGGCGAGGACAACCUGAAGGACUGAGGCGGUGCGGUGCGGGUCGGUCCGCUGCGGGGCACACAACUGCACACACCCCUCAUUCGGAGGCGUUUCUGACCGCUGGAGAGACCUUUGACCUCUCGGCGGCGGCUUGAACAGGGAGCGACGGUCCUCGCUGACUCCGAGUCAGUCCGAGUGGAUGAUGAUGGAGCGAAGAAAACAACAGUCACAGCUUUCUCUAUCUCUCUCUAUCUCGUUCUUUUUUUGAGGCUACCCUUAAUGCAGCUGGGCUCAGACCCGAGUGCAUGUGGUGGUUGUAUAUACACACAUUCGUGGUUGACCGAUCUACAGAUUGCUUUUUAAAAUGCUUAUUUUAUGCUAAGUUAACACCUCUGAUGCUGAUAAUCACAAAACCACCAGAUAUCAGAUGAUUAAUAAUCGGGUUUCCCGAUAUAUCGGUCAACCGUUGCACCCAAUAUCUGUUAUUUCCAUCGGUCGACAUGGAGAACUUUUUUGUUUCCAUGUUGUUUUUGCAUCACUUUCAGACAGGGAUGGUUUUCCUGGUGUUUUCUGCCUGGAUUCUUUGAAACAUUAUCGGUUUGGCCUCCGUAUAUAUAAUUAAAGGAGGCCCGUAGUUGUUGGCGUUUGUAGGGAUAUUUGUGUAGAUGGAUCCGCGGGGCUGUUUCUGAUGUUUGUGCAACCGCUGCAUAAAAUAUGUGCACUUCAAAACAUUCAGCUCUUCAGCUCGUGUGCUACUUUUGAACUUCAGAGCAAUUAGGCGGAGCGAACUGAGAUUUGAGGAUCCUUCUGUGUGCAGUUUAAUAUUUAGAGUGAAUAAGAUGAAUAGGAUGUCUUCUUGAAAUAUGCAAUGAUUCAUAUUCUAUCUUGCUUCGUUUCUCUUUUAUGUCAUAAAUCUGAGAGUGCUUGCA